GCUGCAGCCCUAGGAUUUAUGGCCAACUCAAGGGGCUCGAACCCGAGGCCAGCCAGGGCAGCGUCUCUCAGAACCGAGCUCUUCCCUUCUUGCUGCUGAGAGCAGACAGUGGCUCUUGUGGGAGUUUUAUCACCCCGGGCCUCACGCACCAGGAUCGCGGCCUCUUUCCCCGGCUGCUGUGACCGGAAGUGCCGACUUGACGCUUUCUGGGAACCAGGCGUUGCCGGCAUAGACAAGAGAUGAACGACAGUUUGAGCAGGAAGUGCCCAAGUUCACCCUGGAGAGUCCCCCGGAAACGCAUUCCUCACAGCGUGGCAAGACCAGCCGCGUGGGCCGAUGGAGAGUGGCACCUUCCAGGGUUCAGCUCCUGCGUGACGCUGCUGUUUCUGUCGCUCUUUCGCUCCCUGUCAGCAUCUGAAAGUUCCUCUGGGAGGGUCCUUGGCCAGGAUGGAAGCUUGUGUCCAGAAGAAGGGCAGAAGGCUCUUCUCCCUCGGUCCUCCCUGCAGAUGGUUACAGACCACGUCCUGAUGUCAUUCAAGAAUUCUGCUGCUCAGAAAGAUUCAGGGCUGCUGAUCUGGACACCGAGGUCACAGAGCGGAGCCUGGCCGGAGGCGUUUCCCUGGGUCGCUCAGCUGCUGAGAAUGUCCCUGGGAAAGUGACAUUGCUUGCCCGUGGAGACCAGACGGCUCGAUGAUUCUCCUUGCAGAGGCUUGCAGAAUGUCCUCGGUUGGAGCCACAUCUGUGGUGACAGAGGAUGAAGUCAUCGUUAUUAUUGGCCUGCUGUCAUCCUUCGGAUUCUUUCUGCAGGGAAGACUGUCCUUCUGCCGGUGAUGUCAUUGAAUUCAGGCCCUGUCAGUCCCUGAGAGAUGGCCCAGGACUGUAAGAGGAUCAAGUGAAGCGACUGACAGGGAUCUUUCCUUUCCGGUCCCAUUCUUGAAACUCAAGAAGAUCACGGUGGCAGAAUGCAUCGAGACCCAGAGCAAGGCCAUGACGAUGCUCACCAUCGAACAGCUGUCCUACCUGCUCAAGUUCGCCAUCCAGAAAAUGAAGCAGCCGGGGACGGAUGCGUUCCAGAAGCCUGUUCCAUUGGAACAACAUCCCGACUACGCGGAAUAUAUCUUCCAUCCCAUGGAUCUUUGCACAUUGGAAAAGAACGCUAAAAAGAAAAUGUACGGCUGCACGGAAGCCUUCCUGGCGGACGCCAAAUGGAUCUUGCACAACUGCAUCAUUUACAACGGGGGAAAUCACAAAUUGACACAAAUAGCGAAAGUAGUCAUCAAGAUCUGUGAACAUGAGAUGAAUGAGAUCGAAGUCUGUCCAGAGUGUUACCUUGCUGCUUGUCAGAAACGAGAUAACUGGUUCUGCGAGCCCUGUAGCAAUCCACACCCUUUGGUCUGGGCGAAGCUGAAGGGCUUUCCGUUCUGGCCUGCCAAGGCGCUGCGGGACAAAGAUGGGCAGGUGGACGCUCGGUUCUUUGGACAGCACGACAGGGCUUGGGUCCCCAUCAAUAACUGCUACCUCAUGUCUAAAGAAAUUCCUUUUUCUGUGAAAAAGACGAAAAGCAUCUUUAACAGUGCCAUGCAGGAGAUGGAGGUUUACGUGGAGAACAUCCGCCGGAAGUUCGGGGUGUUCAACUACUCCCCGUUCCGGACGCCCUACACGCCCAACAGCCAGUACCAGAUGCUGCUGGACCCCACCAACCCCGGCGCCGGCGCCGCCAAGGUGGACAAGCAGGAGAAGGUCAAGCUCAACUUCGACAUGACGGCGUCCCCCAAGAUCCUCAUGAGCAAGUCCCUGCUGGGCGGGGGGCCCGGCCGCAGGAUCUCGCUCUCCGACAUGCCCCGCUCGCCCAUGAGCACCAACUCCUCCGUGCACACGGGCUCCGACGUGGAGCAGGACCCCGAGAAGAAGGCCACGUCCAGCCACUUCAGCGCCAGCGAGGAGUCCAUGGACUUCCUGGACAAGAGCACAGCUUCCCCAGCGUCCAUGAAGACAGGCCAAGCAGGGAGUCUGUCGGGCAGCCCGAAACCUUUCUCGCCACAAGCGUCAACACCAAUCACCACGAAAACGGACAAAGCGGCCACGACGGGCAGCAUCCUGAACCUGAACCUGGACCGGAGCAAAGCCGAGAUGGACCUGAAGGAGCUGAGCGAGUCCGUGCAGCAGGCCACGCCCAUCCCGCUCGUCUCUCCCAAGCGCCAGAUCCGCAGCCACUUCCAGCUGAACCUCGACAAGACCAUCGAGAGCUGCAAAGCACAGCUAGGCAUCAAUGAGAUCUCGGAAGACGUGUACACGGCCGUGGAGCAGAGCGACUCUGAGGACUCGGAGAAGUCCGAGAGUAGCGAGAGCGAGUACGUCAGCGACGACGAGCAGAAGGCCAAGAACGAGCCGGAGGAGCCAGACGCCAAGGAGGGCGGCCGCCCGGACAAGGAGCCGCCGGCAGGCCCGAAGAAGCCCAAGCCGGCGGACCCCGCGGAGGCAAAGGAAGAGCUGAAAGGCGCCUCGCCGGCCAGCGAGAAGGCAGACUCGGACCCCCCAGCCAAGGAGAAGGCCAGCCCCCAGCCCGAGAAGGAGUUUGCGGACAAAGCCAAACCCUCGCCCCACCCCGCCAAGGACAAGCUGAAGGGCAAGGACGAGCCGGACGCCGCCACCGUGCACCUGGGCCUGGACUCCGACUCCGAGAGCGAACUGGUCAUAGAUCUGGGCGAAGACCAGACGGGGCGGGAGGGGCGGAAAAAUAAGAAGGACCCCAAAGAGCCGUCCCCCUCGCAGGAUGCCGUGGCCAAAGCGCCACCGUCCACAGCGGCGGGCAGCCUGUCUCCCCCGGAAACGCCCGUCCUCACCCGAUCCGCCUCCCAAACGCCCACGGCUGGGGUCACCGCCACCACCAGCACCACGUCCACGGUCACGGCCCCGGCGGCCGCCGCCACAGGGAGCCCGGUGAAAAAGCAGAGGCCGCUCUUGCCGAAGGAGACUGCCCCGGCCGUGCAGCGGGUCGUGUGGAACUCAUCAAGUAAGUUUCAAACGUCCUCCCAAAAGUGGCACAUGCAGAAGAUGCAGCGCCAGCCGCCGCCGCAGCCGCCGCCACCGCAGCCGCCUCUGUCUUCCCAGGGGACGAGAUACCAGACCAGACAGGCUGUGAAAGCUGUCCAGCAGAAGGAGAUCACGCAGAGCCCGUCCACCUCCACCAUCACCUUGGUGACCAGCACGCAGCCGUCCUCCCUGGUCACCAGCUCUGGGGGCACCAGCACCCUGGCCUCCUCGGUCAGCGCCGACCUCCCCAUCGCCACCGCCUCCGCCGACGUCGCUGCGGACAUUGCGAAGUAUACCAGCAAGAUGAUGGACGCCAUCAAGGGCACGAUGACGGAAAUCUACAACGACCUCUCCAAGAACACGACCGGAAGCACCAUCGCCGAGAUCCGCAGGCUGAGGAUCGAGAUCGAGAAGCUGCAGUGGCUGCACCAGCAGGAGCUUUCAGAGAUGAAACACAACCUGGAGCUGACCAUGGCUGAGAUGCGGCAGAGCCUGGAGCAGGAGCGGGACCGGCUCAUGGCCGAGGUGAAGAAGCAGCUGGAGCUGGAGAAGCAGCAGGCGGUGGACGAGACCAAGAAGAAGCAGUGGUGCGCACACUGCCGCAAGGAGGCCAUCUUCUACUGCUGCUGGAACACCAGCUACUGCGACUACCCCUGCCAGCAGGCGCACUGGCCCGAGCACAUGAAGUCCUGCACCCAGUCAGCCACGGCCCCUCAGCAGGAGGCGGACACGGAGGCCAGCACGGAGACCCUGGGCAAGUCCACCCAGGGCAGCGCGGGCAGCACGCAGACCCCCACGCCCGACCCCGCCAGCGCCGCAAAGGAGAAGGAGGCGCCGGCCGAGAAGAGCAAGGAGAGUGCCGCGACCCUCGACCUUUCUGGUUCCAGGGAGACGCCCUCUUCCAUUCUCUUAGGCUCCAGCCAAGGCUCCGAGCACUCCCGGAGCGGUAAGUCCAGCGGCUGGAGCGGCGGCAACAGCGGCGGUGGCAGCGAGGAGAAGCGGCCUGCAGCCCGCGGCGAGCAGGGUGCCACCCCCAGCGCCAAGAGCCUCCUGCCCUCGGAGUCGCGGCUGGACGCCUUCUGGGACUAGGGCCACGGCGCAGCCCCGGAGGGGACCCCAGGACAGCGGGAGAGCGUGAAGAAGUGGGAGGCGGGGAGGAGCACGCCCCUCCCCCCUCCCAGGGAGCACCCCCCCGCCUCAAGACUCAGCCCGGCCCUCCCUCCCCCUCGCACCCGGCCCAGGGCGGCCCACACUACACACCACCACGCUUCCCGCCGUGGCCCCGAGGGGACCCCGCAGCGUUGGAUGUAAAUCCUGUACCAUGGAUGACGGUGACCCGAGAGUUCCGCCCCCUUUUUAUAUUUGUAUCAACUUUAACUUAUAAAAAAAAAAAAGAAAAGAAAAACAAUUUUUUUAAAAAAAAUAAAUAAAAACACCAACAAAAGGAAAUGUUUAGAUGUUGGAGACCAGUUGGUCCGGCCCAUCUGUCGCGCGGGCAUCCUUGGCGCCCGCCCCUCCUGGGGGGCCACCCCCCCUCCUCGUGCCACCUGCAGCAGGCGGGGCUCCGAGCGGGCGGACACGGCCCCCUCCCCCCAUCAAGCCAUGGCUCCCCUCCACAUCCUUCGCCGUCGUCUCACGGAAGGCAAGUGCUCAAGUGCCCUGGACCGAGGGGCCAGGGUGGGACGAAUUUGUUUCCUGAGACCCCGAGCAGCGAGGCCGGCUCUGCUCCGGGCCGGUGGGGGGGCAGGAGGCUCGUCCGUCCGUGUUUACAGAAGAGCGAGCCAUCGAGGCGCGGGCGGGGGACGUGCAGAAGCAGACGGUGGCCUCGCUCUCGGACCCGUCACCCCCCUCCCAUACGCCUCGCCACCCGGGGACUCGGGAAGAGCUGGCCGAGGCCCCCCACCCCGAGCCCGGCAGGCAGCAUGUACGUCCAAGUGACCCGUGGGGGUUUGAGUUUGUUCCGUAAGCAUGACACGAAGCCUCGGGGGGCCGGCGCCCGCCCCGCGCCGCCCGCCCCCCGCCCUGUACACUACGUGCGCGGUCGCUCCGUUCCCCACGUCCUGUAAAAUGAUAAGCGUCGAACAAAGCCAGAGGUGAUGUAUGUAUAUGAGCAAAUUAACUGUACGAUAUCAUUCCAGUACAUUCUGUUGUACAUUUUCAGUCUCGUUUACUUUCUCUUCGUUGUGGAUGAGAGGAUGCGAACUGUACAGCUCCCAGCUAGCGGCCCGUGUUUAGAGAACCACACCGAGUAUUAGGAGAGAGAAAGGAUAUUCGUGCAUUGCAGUUGUGGGGAUUAAAAAAAAAAUAGCCUAGCUGGCCUUACUCGUGAGCAUAAUUGCUUUUAGCAUAUGGAAGUAUUUUUUCACAUUUUCUUUGUAUAAAAUUUGUAUUAAACUUAAAAUAUCUUUUUUGA